AUGGACGAGCCUCUAGACCCUGCUGCGGAGACAACCCUCCAAAAGCAAACACGAGAUGAUUAUGCUGGUGGGUUCUCAAAUACGAAGGUAAACGAUCUGAAAGAAAACCUAGACGAGGAUAGAGAAACUUCUGACCAUGAACGGGUCGAGAUUGACCCGUAUGAUUCCUCGGCUCCAGUUCUGCUGUUUGGUCAUGUUCGUCCGGUGAGCAAAGAGGAGAUGCUUAUAGACAUCCCUCCAAGGCCAAUAGCCGAUCACCUGAUCUCUCGAUUCUUUAAUUCUUCUGAACCGGCACGAGUGUCUAUCCAUGUUCCUACAUAUCAGAAAGAGUACGAGGAGUUCUGGCGGCGCCCAACAGAUCAAUCAUUUACUUGGAUUUCUCUCUUAUACUCGAUCAUGGCUUUGUCUGUCUCUCCAUAUCAUCGAUACUCAGAGCCAUUACCUUCUGGCAUAGCGGGCCCUACCAGGUCAUGGGAUAUAUUCCGGAAAAGGGCCUCGCAGUGUCUUAUCCAAGCAAACUACAUUACCCCAGGGCGGUACAAACCAGAAGCACUAUUCCUUUAUUCGAUCGCCGAGUUAUACCGGUCUCGCGAUGCGCAGGUUGGAGUGUCCUAUUUGCUCGGAAUAACUAUUCGUCUGGCUAUGCGUAUGGACUACCAUCGUGAUCCGCGCCAUUACCCAAUGCUAUCUGCCUUUGAUGGGGAAAUGCGCCGGCGUGUCUGGGGCUUGCUUGUUCAGCUAGACACUGUAAUCUCAUUCCAAGUCGGCAUCCCUCGAACAAUCCAGCCUUGGCAAUAUGACACACAUUUGCCCUCUAACUUGUUGGACACUGACUUCGACCAAAGUUCCGUUCAUUUGCCACCCGAGAGGCCAGAGAAUGAAGAAACAGAUUGCUUGUAUAUGUGGACCCGAUCUAUCAUUAUGAAAGUCUUUGGUCAGAUAACAGACCUAGCAUUCUCUCAAAAGCACUCAAACUACGAUGAGGCCUUGGAUAUUGACAGUCGUUUGGAGACUGCGCAUAACAUGGUACCCUCCUGCUUGAAAAUUCGACCGAUGGCGCAGUGUGUCGCGGACCGAGCGGAAUUGACCAUGCGGCGCUUCACCUUGGAGCUUCUGUAUCAGAAUGCACGUCUUGUCCUACAUCGCCGGUACAUCACCAAGUUGAAUAUUAGCUUUGCGUACCCUUACUCACGAUCAGCCCGUCUGGCCGCAGCUCAUGAAACGCUUCGAUACCAUAAAGAGAUCUGGGCCGAGUGUAGGCCCUUUGGACAGUUGUACACAGAGCGAUUUUUUCUCGGCACCCUCCAACAUUACUUUUUGCAUGCGGCAAUGAUUCUUUGUCUUGAAAUGUGCCAGGAUGCAGACCGUGGUGAUACUGCAUGCCUCAGACCCCAAGAACGAGCAGAAGAACGAGCAGAAUUCUUGCUUCUUUUGGAAGAAACGCAUAGCAUAUUCAUACAAUCCCGCCACCCGUCUGUAGAUUCACAGCGAGCAGUGAAUGUUUUGACCAUCAUCCUCAAAAGGGUGAAGAAAGAUGAGUUUCGAUAUUCUACUUCGAUUGCUGGGCAAUCAGCAGCGUCCAUAGAUAGUGAUAUUUCGAUGCAAUCCACCAGUGCAGCAGCGUUUGAUCCACAAUACUCAUCAUACAGCUCCAAUAUUGGCGAAUUGCAGCCCGCAAUACCCAACCCCGGCCAGAUAUCAUCAUACAGCUCCCUGGAGGCUAUUGAAAAGAUGCUUGAUAUACCCACUCAAUUCGACUGGAAUGUGUUUGACAGUUACAUUUCAGGAGCCAAAAGGGCCGCCAACGACCAUAUUUAA